AUGACGUCACAACCGUCCACAUCGAAUCCGCCAGCAUAUUACGAGCAAACGUAUCAGCCAAUGUAUCCACCGUAUCCGACGAAUAUGAUUUGCGGAAUGCAGUACUUCAACAAUCGCUAUCCGCAGAUGACGAUGGAUCAUUCGAUGCACCCGCAUCAUAUCGCGAUGCUCGAUGGCCAGUUCGGCGGCGGUGUGUUCGGCCAACCGUCGGCACCGCCUACACUCGGCGCCGCCCCGAUCCCGCAACCGCAACCACCUCAACCACCGCCGCCGCCGCAGCCGCCGACGCAACAGCAACCGCCGCCGCCACCGCCUCCGACGACGACGACGACGAUUAACGCGACGAUGACGACGGCGAUGGACUCGUGCCAGCAGAUUUCGCACGUUCUUCAGUGCUAUGAACAGGGCGGCGAGGACAGCGAUUUUGUGCGAAAAGCGAUCGAGUCGCUCGUGAAGAAGCUGAAAGACAAACGAAUCGAACUCGACGCGCUCAUCACGGCGAUCACGUCGGCCGGCAAACAAUCGACGGGAUGCGUUACGAUUCAGCGAAGUCUCGACGGUCGCCUACAAGUCGCCGGACGCAAAGGCGUACCGCAUGUGGUCUACGCGAGAAUCUGGCGAUGGCCGAGCGUCAACAAAAACGAGCUUGUGAAACUGGUGCAUUGCGUCACACCGCCGGACCAUCCCGAUCAGAUAUGCAUCAAUCCGUACCAUUAUGAGCGCGUCGUUUCCAACGGCAUCACCAGCAUCGAGAUGGGCUUGCAUGUGGAGACCGCCAAAAAGGAUUAUCAAUCCGAGUACGGCGAGUCGAGCGGCGGACAAGAGUUUAUGGAUUGGCCGGCGUCGCCGAAUUUCAAUGGUCCGUUUCCGUGCAGCUCGCAGACGAUUCAGGCGUAUGAUGAGCGGACCAUUGAUCUGAGCCAGAUUGCGGUGCCGCCCCAACAGCAGCCAUUGGAAUAUUGGUGCUCGAUUUUGUAUUAUGAGCUUGACACGCAGAUCGGAGAGACAUUCAAGGUCAGCACACUGGAUCACGGACGGGUGAUUGUCGACGGCGGAAUGGAUCCGCAUGGCGAGAAUGAGGGACGAUUCUGCCUUGGCGCGCUCUCCAAUGUUCACAGGACCGAGGCCAGCGAGAAAGCAAGACUUCACAUCGGCAACGGCGUCGAAUUGUUGGCGCACGCCGACGGCAGCGUCUCGCUGACGUCGAAAUGCAAAAUCUUCGUGCGCUCCGGCUAUUUGGACUACUGCAGCGGCGCCGAGCACGGCAGCAACAAAGCGCACCGAUUUGUGCCGAACGAGUCGCCGUUCACCGUGUUCGACAUCCGAUGGGCGUACGCGCAAAUGAGCCGUCGCAAUCAGUCGACGAACGAGGCGGUUCGAGCGCAAGCGGCCGCCGUCGCCGGAUUCGCGCCGCUUCCAACAAUGCCGAUAGUGAUGCCCGACAGCGGUGUGGAUCGAAUGCGGCGCGAUUUUUGCACGAUCGCCAUCUCGUUCGUCAAAGGAUGGGGUGAGAUGUACCAGCGGAAGACGAUCAAGGAGACACCUUGCUGGAUCGAAGUGCAACUCCAUCGGCCGCUUCAGCUGCUCAAUCAGCUGCUCAAGAGCGGCUCGCAAGUCUGA